UUCAUUCAUCAAAAUUGAUAGUCAAAACUUGCCUCUAAAGAUGACUGAGAUAUCUCUGGUUGCUUAUUGUGACUGUCGUGUUAGCUCUGUGCUGGGCAAGAACACUCGUGAGCUUGGUAAGCAGCACCUUUUUGAUGGCUCCCCUGAGAGCUGUUGGAACAGUGAUCAAGGAACACCUCAGUGGGUUGCUUUGAGAUGGAAGGAGCCAGUUGUUGUUACUGCCAUCAUUGCUCAGUUUCAGGGUGGAUUCUGUGGGUCAAUAGACACGGUAGUGGAGGUUGGGCAAGAUGGUAGUACCAGUUGGGAGGAACUAACACCUUGGCAUCUGGAGGAUGUGGGUACUGAGCAAAUCCUUCGUCUGCUGCAGCCUUGUUCCCUCUCGAGCCUUAGACUAAAUUUUAAAUCUUCUACAGACUUUCAUGGCAGAAUCAUCAUGUAUAAGUUGGAUGUAUUAGGGAAUAAAAUAUGAGAGAAAA